CCCCUUUUUCUCCAAGAUAUUAGAAAAGGUUGUAGCACAGCAGCUAUGUUCGUACUUGCAUAGGAAUAACAAUCAUGAAAUGCAUCAGUCAGGAUUUACACCUCAUCAUAGCACAGAGACAGCGCUAGUUAAAGUAGUAAAUGACCUACUACUGGCCUCAGGGUUGUGUCUCGUUGCUUGUGUUACUUGACCUUAGUGCAGCUUUUGAUACUAUUGAUCACACUAUUCUCCUUGAUAGACUAGAAAAUGUUGUUGGCAUUAAGGGAACAGCCCUCUCCUCGCUCAGGUCUUAUCUGACCGAUCGUUAUCAGUUUGUAGAUGUAAAUGGCGAUUUCUCCACGCAUACCGAGGAUAAUUUGGUGUUCCACAAGGUUCUGUUUUAGGCCCACUGCUUUUUACUUUAUAUAUGCUACCUCUAGGUCAAAUUAUUCGUAAACAUGGAAUUAACUUCCACUGUUAUGCUGAUGAUACACAGCUGUAUAUUUCAGCGAAGCCAGAGGACAGACAGCAGCUUAAUAAAGUUGAGGAAUGUGUAAAGGACAUUAGACACUGGAUGCUUAUUAACUUCCUCUUAAUUAAUUCUGAUAAGACAGAAGUACUUCUAUUAGGACCAUGUGUAGCUAGAAGUAAGCUUUCUGAUCUCAUAGUAACUCUGGAUGGACUUUCUAUUUCGUCAUGUGCAGCAGUAAAAGACCUUGGUGUAAUUAUUGACUCCAGUCUAUCAUUUGAUGCUCAUGUAGAUAAUAUUACUAGGAUAGGCUUCUUUCAUCUCAGAAAUAUUGCUAAAAUAAGAAAUAUAUUGUCACUACAUGAUGCAGAAAUAUUAGUUCAUGCUUUCGUCACCUCUAGACUAGAUUACUGUAAUGCCUUACUGUCUGGAUGUUCCAGUAGGUGCAUAAACAAACUCCAGUUAGUCCAGAAUGCAGCUGCUAGAGUCCUAACUAGAACCAGAAGAUACGACCACAUCACCCCGAUCUGUUAAAGAGAUCUCAUUUUUAUUUUUCUUUCCUCUGGGAUGUGACCUACAGGCCGUAAACACAGUAAAUGUUUAUGUUCAUGACAUCACAAGCAGAAAAAUUAACUCAUAUGUCUUUCAGGGAAGGAUGUCUAGAAAAAUGCCCCUUCUCUCUAAAAAUUAAAUGAAGCAUGAUUUAGGUUUUCAAAAUUGCAUCUGAAUUAACCACAAAAUCCUUUGGACUGAUGAGACCAUGGUGGAGAUGUUUGGUCAUCAUGUACAGCUCCAUGUUUGGUGAAAACCAAACAAAGCAUAUCACCACAAACACCUCAAACCAACUGUCAAGCACGGUUGCUGAAGGGGUGAUGAUUUGGGUUUGUUUUUCAGCCACAGGACCUGGGAAACUUGCAGUCAUUAAGACAACAAUGGACUCCACUUUAUACCAGAAUAUUCAUGAGACAGACAUUUAAUAUCUUUUUCAUAAGCUCAUGCUUUUGGUAUUAAUGUAUAAAUACUGAUUAUUUUGCAAGAAAUGUAGUUCACAAUGAUGUAAAUAUACUUUUAUUUAAAUAUUAUGUCUUCUAAAGUCUUAAGUCAUGUGACCUAGCUAAAAUAUGUGCUACUUAUAAACCCAAGGCAUAUAGCAUAUUCACAUCUAGGCACAACAUUUCAUGUGCAGUUUGAAUGACUAUAAAUACACAUGAGCAGAGGUGAAGCUAGGGCGGUGCAGACAAACUGCAUUGUGAUCAUAUGUGGAACUGUCACUUUAUCAACCAGUACAAAGUGAACAAGGAAAUGACUAAAGUGAAAGAGAAAAGCAGUUAGCUCACAUCGAGAAGAAACCCUUAUUUUCACAUUAAUUUCUGAAAUUAACUGCAGGAUAUUCACUGACUCUGGAAUAUAAAUGCAGACAAUUCUCAGUCCCUGAAAAGAGGCAAGUAAAAUAAAGAUUCAAAACACAGGAAGAAGUAAAUGGCUGAAUCUUCAUCACCAACAAAAGGCAGAGGAAGGAAGAGCAUGGAUAAAUCACCUUUAUUUUCUCGUGACUCCAGAAGUCUCCUGUCUGAAGAUCAGCUGCAGUGUUCGAUCUGUCUGGAUGUGUUCACUGAUCCAGUCACCACUCCAUGUGGACACAACUUCUGCAAGAGCUGCCUUACACAGUGCUGGGAGAAGAGUCAACACUGUCACUGUCCAUUAUGUAAAGAGAAAUUCACCAAGAGACCUGAACUGAAGAUAAAUACAACACUGAGAGAGAUUGCAGAUAACUUCAAGAAGAAAAGUGGUCCUGACAAACCUGAGGUUCUUUGUGAUGCCUGCACUGGAGAGAAUCUGAAGGCCCUGAAAUCCUGUCUGGAUUGUGUUCUGAGUUUGUGUGAAACUCAUCUAGAACCUCAUAAUCAUGUUCCAAGACUUAUGAAACAUAAACUAAUAAACCCUGUGGAGACCCUGGAGGACUACAUAUGCCAGAAACAUGAGAGAGCUCUGGAGCUGUUCUGUAGAGAUGAUCAGACGUGUGUGUGUAAGUUCUGCACUGAGACAGACCACAAGAAUCACAACACUGUUCCUAUAGAGGAGGAGAGCAGAGAGAGGAAGACACAGCUGGGGAAAACACAGACAGAUGUGCAGCAGAUGAUUCAGGACCGACUGAAGAAGAUCCGAAAGAUCAAACACUCAGUAGAGCUCAGCAAAAGAAGCACAGAGAAAGAGAAAGCAGACAGUGUUGAAGUCUUCACUGCUCUGAUUCGCUCCAUUGAGAGAAGUCAGGCUGAGCUGCUGGAGGUGAUGGAGGAGAAGCAGAAAGCAGCAGAGAGGCAGGCUGAAGGACUCAUUAAAGAGCUGGAGCAGGAAAUCACUGUGCUAAAGAGGAGAGACACUGAGCUGGAGCAGCUCUCACACACUGAGGAGCAUCUCCACCUCCUACAGAUUUACUCCUCCAUGUGCAGCCCUCCACACACCAAGAACUGGACUGAGAUCAGUAUUAACACUGAUCUGAGUGGGGACACUGUGAGGACAGCUCUGUCUCAGCUUCAGAAGACUCUGAAUGAGAAACUCACUAAAACACUCAAUGACAAGUUUAAAGAAACAGAACUGAAGAGGAUUCAGCAGUAUGCAGUGGAUGUGACUCUGGAUCCUGAUGCAGCUCAUCCAUAUCUCAUCCUGUCUGCUGAUGGAAAACAAGUGACAGAUGGAGACAAACAACAAGAUCUCCCUGAUACACCACAGAGGUUUAAUACAGGUGUCGCUGUUCUGGGAAAGCAGAGUUUCUCCUCCGGGAGAAUUUAUUAUGAGGUGCAGGUCAGAGGGAAAACUGCAUGGGAUCUCGGAGUCGUGAGAGAGAACAUUAACAGGAAGGGAAAGAUUACACCGAGACUUCAGGAUGGAUUCUGGACUGUAGGGCUGAGGAAUGAGAAUGAGUACAGCGCUUGUGCUGGUCCCGCUGUCCCCCUCACACUGAGAGAGAAGGUGGAGAAGGUGGGGGUGUUUGUGGAUUAUGAGAAGGGUCUGGUCUCCUUUUAUGAUGUGAAGUCCAGCUCUCAUAUCUACUCUUUCACUGCUCAGUCUUUCACUGAGAAACUCUAUCCUUACUUCUGUCCUUGUACAAAUGAUGGAGGUAAAAAUUCAGCACCACUGAUUAUCUCUCCUGUAUUUAACACUGAAUGAAUUUUCACCUCACAGAUUUAAUCAUCUAUUUAAUGGCGAGAAUAAAAAUAAAUAUUUUACUUUUCUGGUAAAUUUUAGAAAUGCAUAUUCCCUUUUAAAGUGCUCUACAGUUUAUUUUAAUAACUGGGUUUUUUGUUUGUUUGUUUGUUUGUUUGUUGUUUGUUUUGGAUAACAAAUAAUUUUAAUCCUUCAGUAUGUCUUUUACACGUUAUGAUUGUGGAACUUAACAAAGAUCAUUUACAGUUCACACUGAGUUUUACUGCAGAAUUUAAUAUGAUGAAUAAAAUGUAUGAAGUUCAGCUGCUGAUGUCUGUGUAGAUAAAACCGAACACCACUGUGUUUCUCCUUCAAACUUCAUCAAACACAAACACAAACACAUUCAUCUUUUAUUUAGAAAUAAACAUGCCAGGGUUAUUGUG